CCGGCUCCGCCGCCCGGUCCGGCUUGGCCGCCGUCCGCUCCGAGCGGCCGUUACCCGCGGCGGUGCGGGCCGGGGGGGCGCGCCGGGACCGGCGGCGCCUCGGGCAGUCCCGGGGCAGCCGGUCGGUGUGAGGGGCGGUGGGAGCGGGACGGGAGAGCGGCCGGUGACAGCGGAGCCCUGAGGAUGCGGGGCUGGGUCCCGGGAAUCUGCGGAGCCCUGGGGAUGCCGGGCCGGGUCCCGGGAAUCUGCGGAGCCCUGGGGAUGCGGGGCCGGAUCCCGGCCCUACUCGGCCUGGCCCUGGCCUUGGCAUCGCUGCUGCCCGCGGCUGGAGCGCGCCGGAGCCAGGACCUGCACUGCGGAGCCUGCCGGGCGCUGGUGGAUGAGCUGGAGUGGGAGAUCGCCCAGGUGGAUCCCAGAAAAACCAUCCAGAUGGGCUCGUUCCGCAUCAACCCCGACGGCAGCCAGUCGGUGGUGGAGGUGCCGUACGCUCGGUCCGAGGCGCACCUGACGGAGCUGCUGGAGCGGGUGUGUGAGAAGAUGAAGGAGUACGGGGAGAAGCUGGACCCGAGCACGCAGCGCAAGAGCUACGUGCGAGUCAUCUCCCACGAUGGCACCAAGAUGGACCUGUCCGGGGUCAAGUUCGAUGGGGAUGUCACCUCCAGCCUGAAAUUCGCGUGCGAGAGCAUCGCUGAGGAGUACGAGGACGAGCUGAUCGAGUUUCUGUCACACGAGGCUGAGAACGUCAAGGACCGGCUCUGCAGCAAGAGGACGGACCUGUGUGACCACGCGCUCCACAUCCCACACGACGAGCUGUGACUGCCUCGGGAGCAGGGACCGGGACAUCCCCGGGACCCACCGGGAUGUCCCUGGGACCCACCGGGACAUCCCCGGGACCCACCGAGACGUCCUUGGCACCCACCGAGACGUCCUUGGCACCCACCGAGACGUCCUUGGGACCCACCGGGACAUCCUUGGGACCCACUGGGAUGUCCCCGGGACCCACCGGGAUGUCCCCGGGACCCACCGGGAUGUCUCCGGGACCCACCGGGAUGUCCCCGGGACCCACUGGGACAUCCUUGGGACCCACUGGGAUGUCCCCAGGACGCACCGAGAUGUCCUUGGGACCCACCGGGACAUCCUUGGGACCCACCGGGACGUCCCUGGCACCCACCGGGACGUCCUUGGGACCCACCGGGACAUCCUUGGGACCCACCGGGACGUCUUUGGGACCCACCGGGACGUCCUUGGGACCCACCGGGAUGUCCCCGGGACCCACCGGGAUGUCCUUGGGACCCACCGGGAUGUCUCCAGGACCCACCGGGAUGUCCCCGGGACAGACGGAUUUCCGGGACCUCCCCGGCUGCCUCGCCCCAUGCGGAGCUCCGGUCCUAUUUAUUCCCCAUCCGGGGCCACCGGGACGGCCGUGGGGCUGGGGCCACCUCCUCCCUCCUGUUGGGACAUUUCAGGGACAUUCCUGCCCCGCUGCCGGGGAACACGGGGGACACAGCGGGGCACAGCCCCCGCGGGGUGGGGGGCUUAGGGACCCCCCUCUGUUUUUCAGGCAAUAAAGGGGCCGUGGGCCCACCCGAGGGCA